AUGAAACUGGGGUUGUCCUCCCCGGCAGAUCAACGUGAAAAAGAUGUGGCCAUCAUUCCUGUCACAUCGGCAGUACAAUCAUUCCCUUGUAUAUUGAAGAGGAGGUGCAUUGUUUCAGAUCCAUCUUCAGAAGUGCUCGAAUCAGCAGAUCUUCUACGAGAGAUCCUUGUGAAGCUUCCGCCAAAAACUGUCUUUGGUUUUACGUUAGUAUCAAGUCACUGGAAUAAGACUAUAACGGAUCCAGAACUUACAUGUCUUCUGAAGGUUCCUCGGAAUCCAUCAGCUGUUUUUGUCAGAAGACUGGUACUGCAGGAGGACCAUGAUGUUGUCAAAUACACCCAUAUUCCUCUUGAGGGUGUCACUAGAGGUGGUCGUGUACGGGUUAGACGUAGUCCUCUAAGCCUGAAUUUGAUGGAAGAAGAAGAAUUCAACCAGGCCUCUUUCGUGAUUCAACAUUCGAGCAACGGCCUUAUGAUUUGUUCAUCAUGUAACGGCAGACGUUACUUCUUGUUUAACCCCACUACUAAGAAGCGUGUUAAAAUUCCGUUGCUAAUUAAUUUUUGUUAUUGGGUCAUAUCAAUGCACAUAUCUUUUCUAGCCCCUGGCAGACAUAAAAUCAUUGCUGUGUAUCUUCCCACAUAUCGUGGUGACAGAUUGAAACUUCUGGUCCUGGAGCCUAAUCAAAACCAGCUGCAAUAUUGGAGAAACACGGGAGUGGAGUUUCCUGUCACAGGCACGGAAGUGGUUAAUUAUUGGUACGGUGUAGAUGUGGAUGGUGUAAUUUAUUGGCCAUGCUAUAAAUCAAGCGGACUCAUGUUUUUCGAUGUGAGGGAAGAGACUGUUCACUGGCUACCUGAGGUGCCGCACCCAUAUGAUAAAUUUUCUGGAUUGGCUUAUUUUGGUGAGUGCAAGGGUAAUUUGUGUAUGGUUGCAGAUGUUAGUAUGAGAAAGGGAACGUUCGACAUGCUGGAGCUGAAGACUGAUCGCUCCAUGUGGUUCAUUAAGUAUCACAUUGACCUCACAGGGAGAGUGAGUAGAGAUGAAAACCUUCAAAUACUUGUACUUGCUCUACUUCCUGGAGUAGAAGAGGAGAGCGAUUCAUAUUUAGUCAUCCACUUUCUUAGAGAAGUUGUAUCGAUCAACUUAAGAGACGGGACCAUCAGGAAACUGUGUGAUUUAGGAUUGCGAACCACAGAAUCGCGUCUUCUAAGAAGUGAACCAUGGCAUUACGUUCAUCCAUACAGGCAGAACCCAGUUUAUCCCAGACUAACCGCAUCUUAG